ACCAGAGCCCAAAACCGUAACAUACACAGCUCUCUCGCCGUCUGGUCUCUUCUCGCUCGCGCGACUGAAAGGAGCGCCUCGACUCGCAUCUCGCCGCCGCGCAGCUAAGCUAGGGUUUUCCGCCACCGCCGAUCUCGCCCCCGCCCCCGGCCAGCCAUGGACGCCUCUCUCAUGGGCGCCCCCUCCGCCGCAGCGGGAGACAAUCCCACCUCCGGGGAGCACCGGAUGGGGACCACCAUCGUCGGCGUCUGCUACGACGGCGGCGUCGUCCUCGCCGCCGAUUCCAGAACCAGCACCGGAAUGUAUGUGGCAAACCGUGCGUCGGACAAGAUUACUCAGCUAACUGACAAUGUGUACAUCUGCCGCUCUGGAUCUGCUGCUGAUACACAAGUAAUUUCCGAUUAUGUACGCUAUUUUCUCCACCAACACACAAUUCAGCUUGGGCAGCCAGCUACCGUGAAAGUUGCAGCCAACUUAAUUAGGUUGUUGGCUUAUCAGAACAAGAACAUGUUGCAAGCUGGCAUGAUUGUUGGUGGAUGGGAUAAAUAUGAGGGAGGCCAAAUUUUCUCAGUCCCCCUUGGUGGAACAAUUCUGAGGCAACCAUUUGCAAUCGGAGGUUCAGGCUCUAGUUACCUCUAUGGAUUGCUUGACCACGAAUGGAAGGAGGGCAUGUCCCAGGAAGAAGCUGAGAAGUUUGUGGUUAAGGUAGUUUCCCUUGCUAUAGCCCGUGAUGGUGCUAGUGGAGGGGUUGUUCGUACCGUCACUAUAAACGCAGAUGGUGUUUCGAGGAAAUUUCACCCUGGAGACAAACUACAACUGUGGCAUGAAGAGCUGGAGCCCCAGAACUCGUUGCUGGACAUACUUGCAGCUGGGAACCCUGAUCCGAUGGUCCAAUGAAUCUGCCCUCCAGCCAUACACCUCCCUUAAGCAACUUUCUUCUGUAUCUGACUUUCACUAGAUUUACUGAAGAACUGGACUGCAGAAUUAUGUUCAGCUGUGCGCAAUUAUCUAGUGCAAGAUGCUUCUUGUGCUGUAUGUAAUUUCUUUUCGUUAAGGAAGUUCAAAAAUAUCAUUUAGACUUUGAUUUGCCUCCUUUUGUGGUUUUGAUGCAUAUGGCUUGCCCCCUCGUA